CUGCUUUUUUUAUUUAUUCCUACGUGAGCAGACCCAGUACACUUCUGGCAUAUUUACAGUGAAAUUUACAGCAUCCAUAAUAACCUAUUCCUGUUUUUGGAGUAAAAUUUGUGCUACUCAGAGCUUUUGGCUAUCUGUGGGAGUUUAAAAGGAGGUAUUUCCAGCAGGUAAUCCCAGAUCUUUCAGAAAAAAUAUAUGCUAUUCCACAAACGCUGGUCUUCAGAGACAAAAAAAUUUUUUGGAUCUCAUCUUAGACAUUCAAGUUCCUAAGACAUCCUUAAACUCACACUUGUGUGAACAAGAUCAAGGAAGGCAUUUCAAUAAUUUUCUUGCUGAUAAUCCUGUUGGAUGCUUUACUUUCAUUUGGACAUAACUCACUGGCUUCUGUUCAGCUAUUUAAGAUUAGUUUCAACGGUAAAAGUAAGAAGAUGGGACAAGAAAAAAAAGAACCCCUAAAGGAAAAGUUUCACUUGGCUGUAAAAGGAUAUGUUAUUCCAGCAAAACUAUGCAUUAUGGAGGGAAGAGCCCCAAACUGUUAUUAUGGUUGUUAUUUACACUCUAUGCAAAUACAAAAUAUCUGGGAUCAGAUAUUUAAAUUGUACUGAAUUUAUAUACUGAAGUUAUAUAAAAAGAUUUUAUUAAGAGUAAAAGAGUAAUAAAAAUCCCAAGCAUCUCUCUCUCUCUAUAUAUAUACAUAUAUAUGGUUAGAGUUAGCUUUUUUCCCAAUAACAGAAUCUGUUUUCAUUUAGGAGGGGGGCAUCAAGCCAGAUGUUGUUCAAAUGACCAAAUGAAAUGGGUCGCAAAGAAACACAUUAUCUGCAUACAUUAAAUUGUGACUCAAUGGCUCAGCAAGGCAUCAAAGUGCGCCCCGCUCUGCUUAAGCGGAACAGCCUGGAUUCAGUGGAUUUCAAAAGGCAACCCCACCAUCGCAGGAGCAAAUCUCAGCAAGUCCGCUUCAAAGAUGAUGGAACAGAUAACCCGCCAGUGGAAGAAUCGGAAUUGGAAGCAGAAAUUGCCCAAGAGCCAUGUGAAUUGGGUAAAAUACAAACGUCCCAAUUCCACAACCUAGUAAAUGAUUCCCUCAAUUUCCCCACAUCUCAGAAAGGAUUACAAAAUAUUGCCAUACAGACUUCCCCUAGUCUCAGGAAGCACUUUCCAGUGUUUAAAAAGAAAAGAAUUACAACAAGCAAGUCCUUAACAGAAAUGCCAAAGGAGGCUGAAUAUCCCAUUCAAGUUAAUGGAAAUCUCUCAGAACAGGACAUAAUCUCUUCUAGUCUCUCUUACUUAAGCCUCACUCGGCAUGUGGACGAUGGACCGAGAGCGACCAUGACAGCCAAGUCACUAUUUCAAACGGUGCCUAAAGCACAAAGCAAUGGGCCUAUCCAUUUAAGUUCAGAUAGAAUUGCAAUACUGGAGAAGGUAACCGUUUCUACCCAGGUUCCUGAAUAUACCAACCUGGGUUCUGCACAAGACAAUUUUUCCGCUUAUAGUCCAGAAACACAAAUGGAUUUAAGCAGCUCAGUUCAUACUACUACAGCUACGAGACCAACCAGUGAGGACUGCUCACUACAUAAAGGCUCAGAGAAAUCUUUCCCUUGUGAAAAUCAUAACUGUAAUGAUGUCAACGUGGCUCAUAGUUUGUGUGAAGAAAAAAACUACACUGAGUUACUUGCCCCUGAGGGUGACACCAGUACAAAGGAGACCAAUUUGUCAUCACCACAGUUACACCACAGCCCAGUAUACUGUUCUGUUGGAGAACAUCAGCAGGCAAUACAGCAGAAAACAGACUCUGACCAUAAGGAACUGACUAAUGAUAACCAAACAACAUCAUUUACCAACAACAAUGCAUCAUCUCCUGUUCCUUCAUGUCAAACUGUAAACGAGAACAUUUCUACUAAUACCAAAGUGCCACAGUAUGACAACUGCUUAGAAGGCUUUCACAUAAAUGCCUAUCUUCCAGGGAAUGAUAUAAAACCACAGAACAAAGAGAUUAAAGAAAUUAAUCAAAUGCACUUGGCGCAUAAUGAGCUGUGUGCCCUACAAGACAGGCUCCAGUCUGUUGAGGAAUCUUUACAGUCAAACCAAGAGAAGAUUAAAGUCCUUUUGAAUGUAAUUCAAGACAUGGAAAGGGCCAGAGCCCUCAAUGAAGGGAGGAACUUCUACCGCACUGGCCAAGAUCUCAACAACUGCAGCACUUGCCAGAAUACUGCAUGUAUCAUUUACAGUGUUGAACAUGACUUCAGACAACAAGAAGGAAGGUUCCACCAAGUUCUUAAAACACUGGAUCAAAUUGAAGAAAGCCCUCCAGUGGCAACUUUGCAAAGGCAACCAUCUGAUCAACCAGUCCCUGAGAAACAAGAAUUCAAGAAAAAGGCAAAGAAAAAGAAAUGCUUCUGGUGGAUUUGAAAAACUUAAAAACUGGUUAGGGACUCUAACAGCUGUCUAAAUAUUAUGGCCAAACUGCAUUCUAAAUUCAGCUAAUAGCCCCAGCUAGAGUAGACAUAUUGAAACAAUGUCUCUGCUCCAUUUGGGGCUAGCAAUUGGAAUUAUGCCCGUUGAGCUGUUAUGAAUGCCCUUUACAUUUCCAUGCUUCUGUACUGCUCAAUAAUGCUGAUUCCCCUUUGUAUUUCCUGAUUUGUGACAACUGGCUUUUCUAUAGUUACUACAAACCAGAAACUGAAGGAGGAAUCAGAGCUUGCAGGAAUUAAUAUCAUUCACAGUGGCAAAAAACAUGGCUUGGAAGCAGAGUCCAAACCACUACAGUCAGCCUUCCACAUUUGCGGCUUUGAUUUUCCAGGGGGAUGAGACUACUUGGGGUGAGACUUCUCCAGAGACAGCUGGUGGCCUGGGAGGGUGGGGGAAGAAGAGGAACAGGCAUGCACUUGUUCCUCCUUCCCCCCUCCCUCCUGGGCCUUUAGCUGUCUCUGGGGACAUUUCACCCCAAGAAGUCCCAUCCCCCUGGAAGUUCCACCCCCAGCACCAGGUAACACCCGGUUUCAGAAUGCCUUGGAGUUUGGCCACUCGGUCUCUAAAAUGUUUGCUAUCACUGAUUUAUGGAUUUGAUUAAUAUGUUAUCUCUAGGAUUCUCUAGGUCCUCCAGAGCAACUCUGCAAGAAGUUGAUCAUACAGAGAGCCCAUAAAAGAUGUCUUCAGGACAUCAUCAGAGCGCAAUAUUUACACCCUGAUGCCCUGAAGCUGUCUGGAAGCCAGGCGGCUGCCCAAACAUGGGCACCUUCAAGAUGCUCUGCAGCAUUUAUAUGCUGCACACCACCAGAGUGGCUUGCAGCCGGCUUCAAACCACUACAGAGCAGGAAAAGCCAGCUUUUUGCCAGCUGAAAAAGGAGUGGAUCUUUGCUGCUCCUUUUUUGGCUGGCUUCAAGGAGAAUCAGUACUAUGGCAUGUGUUUGCUCCGGUCCCAAUACAUCUGUUUCCUCCCAUGGUUAUGUUGAAGGAACUAGAAAAAAAAUCCACUUCUCUAGGCACUUAUAUUCCACCAAUGUAAUUAUAUGGUCAGCAUCUGGAUGUUGACUAUAGGGUUCAGCUGGAGGGCACAGAGAUUCUUACAGAGGUGUUCUCUCAGGUUAAAAAAAAUUAUGGGUUUUUAUUUGCAUUUUAUUCACUUUCACUUGGGUUAUAAGGCUCUAACUCUAGCAAAUGUGGAGGGCACACUGUACAUUUGAAGAGGGGAAAUGCUGAUUGUAGUCAAGGAAUAUACAUUUUUUAAAAUACACAAAAUCUCUAUUUAGAAAAAAACUUCUGUAAAUUGGUUUUCAGAUUAAAUUGUUCUAAAGCUUAAUGAAGCAAGCUAAUAAAAUGAAUGGAAUGUUUGCUUUCCUUCUCUAUAUGCCACCUUUAUUUAGCCAUGCUUUCACCUGAAUAUAAAUUGAGCAUGAUGAAACCAUAAGAGAUCUUUAUCCUUGUUUUGUUAGCCUCAUUAAGAAUUUUGAAAGCUGCCAAAUACUGAGUUUUAAUCACAUUUUAUGCCUCUAUUUCCUUGAUGAACUACAUUAUAGCAACAUUCUAUUAAGUAUAUCAAAGUAACACUGUUCUCAUUCCACAAAAGUUUUCCUCUUAAACAGUCAAAGCUAGCAGUCAUCAUAAAUAUUGAAGUAAAAAAAAGUCUAAUUGUUGAAAAGACUAUUAAAACCUCAACUAGUGAUAAUUUUCCAGUUGUAACAUUUCCCACUUAAAAUUAAAUGUUUUGUUAUAAAAGACAAUCUUGGAAAACACUCAGUAACUGUUAGGGGGUGUUCCCACUUGUGAUUUGAAACAAUUUUAAAUACAGCGGUUUGUUUUAAAGCGAUUCAAAAUAAAGCGAGUGUUA